AUGUCGUACCUGCCUAAGUCCCCGGUGGUGAGUAAUGUGGCAGCUUCUUUUCAAGGAUCAAAACCAGUAGGGAAAUUUUUAACCAGGGUAGAAAAAGCAGUGGAACAUUGUGUAGCUAAAGUUGCAGACCUCAAACUUGGCCCAGGCCCUCGGUUUGCCAUCUGCCUUUCUCUUCCUUCGACUGAUGCAUGCGGCACCGGAGAGCAGUCCCCACAGCCGGAAGCUGUGUCGGGUGUGCAGCUGCACUUCCGGUGGCGGGACACGCCUCCGGCUGCCAUCUUGUGCAGCCCCUGGCCACGUUCUCUGGCAGAGGACGUGGUGAAGAAGAAACCUCGCGCCACUGCUAAGGCGAGCAGCAGGAAAUGCCAGCAAACCCUGGCAGAACUGGAGAGCGUGCUCAGCCACCUGGAGGGUCUCUUUGCCCGGACACUAGUACCACGAGUGCUGAUCCUCCUGGGGGGCAGUGCCCUCAGUCCUGAGGAGUUCUAUGAACUUGACUUGUCCCGCUUGGUCCCCAACAGCGUGGACCCGAGCCUCAUCACAGCAGCUUGUUUGUGUCGCCUCUUCCGAGCCAUUUUCAUGGCUGAUGCCUUCAGUGAGCUGCAGGUUCCUCCACUCAUGGGCACCGUCGUCAUGGCACAGGGUCACUGCGACUGUGGAGAAGACUGGUUUUGACCCAAGCUCAACUACAGAGUGUCCAGCCUGGACCACACAUUGGCUGUGACCCUACCCUGUGUCCGACCCCCCAUCCCAGCUACAGCCUGGGAGGAUUACAUUUGGUUCCAGGCACCAGUGACACUGAAGGGCUUCCACGAGUGAAUGGGAAAUGCUCAUCGUGAACACGAUGGCUAAAUUGUCUUUCCCCCUGGUACCAAGUCACCCAUCUCUUGCUUGGAGCUAGUUAAUUCCUGGUGAGAGGAAGGUUCUCUCCUCCUGGCUGCCUGCCUCUGUUAUAGACUUCCCCAGGGGCUGAUGGUAUGGCUAGGGCUAUAAUCAUCAUCACUGAACAAGCAUCUCUUUGAAUCAAAGGCUGAUUUUCCCAGAGGGUGCUGGGUCAGGUGUUUCUUUUGGGGGUGGAAAGCAAACAUGGGCCCAUAGACAGACACCCCUAUGGAGGGUGACCCUUUCCUGCUUUUUACUGUGGCCUUUCAGAAUUUUUACUAGGGACAUAAUGUGGAUGUGACUCGUGAACUUAAAUAUAAAAUGAAUGGAUUAAUGUUAAAAAACAAAAC